UAAUUCAACGAUUAACGUCCAUCCACCCAAAAAAUCAAUCAUGGUUUCACUUCGUUUCCCAUUCUUGUUUUCUCAGCCCAAACGCCCCAACGAUAUUUCCCAUGCCACCACAUCCCGCUCUUUCUCCGCCACUACCGUCGUGGCUUGCGCCUUUGCCGCCGGAGCCGCUGCGUUUUCCGGCAUAGCUGUCGCUCAGAAAACCACUAACCCGAAACACUCAUUUCUCCAAAACGCGAUGGAUUUGCUACUACCCAAUCAUUCUUCACUCCCCUGGGGAUCACUCUCUCUGGCUGACACUUCACUUACUGUUGUGGAAUCGAAGAACGGUGUAUCAUUUCCCUCUGUUGUUUUUCAAUCGCGGAGACUUUUGGGAAUGGGGUUGAGGAGAAAGAGUAUUUUGGGAUUGAAGAACAUUGAUGUCUAUGCAUUUGGUGUUUAUGCUGAUGAUAAUGAAGUGAAAAAAGUCCUGGGUGAGAAAUAUGGAAAGCUAUCAAUUUCUGAACUUAAGGAAAACAAAGAGUUCAAAGGGGAUCUCAUGGGAGGUGAUAUUGGCAUGACCGUUCGACUUCAGAUAGUCUAUGGUAAACUAAGCAUUCGCUCUGUUCGAAGUGCUUUUGAAGAAUCUGUUGGAAGCAGACUGCAAAAGUUCGGGGGGCCAGAUAACAAGGAAUUGCUUCAGAGGUUCACUUCUCAAUUUAAGGAUGAAUAUAAAAUACCGAGGGGUUCUGUGAUAGAGCUCUCAAAGGAUCAAGGCCAUGUGCUUCGAACAAGAAUUGAUGGGAAAGAGGUGGGAAGUAUCCAAAGCAAACUCCUUUGUCGAUCAAUUUUAGAUCUGUAUAUGGGUGAGGACCCAUUUGAUAGACAGGCCAAAGAAGAAAUUGAGAGCAAAUUGGCAUCUUUCCUUCAAAAGUGAGUGAUUUUAUGUACAAUGUAUUGGAUGACAUAUGGAAUUUUCCCGUACCAUGUUCUGUAUUUUGUUGAACUAUUAUGUCAUCCUUUUAACUAGAUCAAAUCUCAAGGAUGUGAACCAAGAGAUUUUUGCCAACAUUGAGAGAUUUUUGUCCACAAGCGAGAUUGGUUUUGAUUGUCAGUUUGUUCUAUGUGCAUUAAUCUUUUCGAUUCAA